GUUACUGACGUUUGUUGUUUCUGCUCAGAAGAACGAGAGAGCAAUCGACAUCUUAUAAACACAUCUCAUCGUUGGACUUUUAUACCAGGUUUUGAUCAAACGGAUCCCCUGGAGACCUUGUGAAAGCGCGGAGGACCGGCAGGAAUAAACCUAUAUCUGUGGCGGCAUUCGUAAAGAUCACAUCGAUCGUUCAAAAAUGGGCAGUCAAUAUCAACGAACGGUGGCCCUGGAGGUGAGGAGAGCGGAGGGAGAGCGGGUGCGGGCCAAGCACCCCGACAAGGUUCCGAUUAUUGUGGAGAGGGCACUGAGGUCACGGGCUCCUGACCUGGACAAGAAGAAGUAUCUAGUACCAUCAGAUUUAACAGUGGGCCAGCUGUCCUUCCUCAUUCGUCAGCGUGUGUCCAUGCGGCCAGAAGAAGCCCUCUUCUUCUUUGUCAACAACUCUCUCCCUCCGUCCAGCUCCCCACUCUCAGCUGUUUAUGAGGAGCACCAUGAGGAGGAUCUGUUCCUCUACAUGACCUACAGUAACGAGAGCGUUUACGGGGCCUGAGGUCGGAAAGGAGACACACCGCACGCGAGUGAGACUCUGUUGAGGCAGAAGUGUCUGAAGAGGCUGAUGCACAGCUUGUGAUGAAAGUACGCUUUGCCAGAAAGGUUUCCCAGGGGCCUGCUUUUGACAGUAUUUGAGUGGGGGACUAAUGGAAAACCAUUACAGAGAGUUAUCCAUUUAUGGAGAGUUUAUUUGUCAUCUCUCUCUCCCAGUCAUCUGUAUUUAAUGCAAAUAUUAUCUUUUUUGUAAAUUAAUGUGAUGAACCAUUGUGGAAAAAUAAAAACUUUCAUUUCUGAAUUA